UCUCUGCCAAAAAUCUCACUUAUCCUCCUGAGCGAAGAAUAAUUAAUAUUAAUAUCAAUAUGGUUACAUAGGACGGGUAAGCUUCAUGGAGGCUUCCAUUUUCUUCCGGUCUAUGAGCUGCCGAGAGGGACAAAAAGCACUACGUCAUACAGGAAUUGCAAACGCGUUUUCACUCUGAGCCAGCGUGACGGUGGAACAGAGCUUAGUUUAGCGAGACGAGUUUUACCAGCAAAUUUGAACAUGCACCGCAUUUUUUUGAAAGACCAUAGUUAUGCCACGCCACAGGAGAAGGAAAUAUCGUCGCCAAAAAAACGAAAAAGAUAGUUAAAAAUGCAACGUGACCAGCGAAUACAGAAAAGGAGGAUAAACAUCGGAGUCGCUUUUCCAAGGUGGAAAGAGCUGAUGAAGGAGAAAGAUUUUGAAAGGGAUGCCGAUGUUGCCUGCUUUCUUCUCGACAGUUAUGAGAGAACUCUUGGGAUUCGGAACGAAUCAACCCCCAUGAAGCCAAACCGGAAUGAAGUGCCAACUGCUGCGAUAUUGUCCAGUAUUUCCAGUGGGACAGAUAGGCAAGUCAUCACAUGGAAAAUAAUUUUUUCAUUGUUUGUUUGACUACGAGUUUCUUAUAAAACUUUCAUCUACCUGUACCUCAUAGUGUGUUAUGAUUAUUGUUUUCAGAGAUGAACAUCUAUGCGCAAUUGCAGAGGCACCGGAAAUUUAAACUCUUGACAACAGCCUGCAUGACAUGAGCAUUGGAGAAGAGGAACUGAAUGAAAAUGCCUUCAAUGAUCACAUGAACAGUGUGAUUGAUUGGGCAGAAGAGGGGCCCACAUUUCACAGGGACCCGGACGACAGCUCUGAUGAGGAAUAUCUUCCACCAAUUUCUUUGAGAAUGGGUGGUGCACUGAAGGGAGCGCAGGCGAUAGAUAAUCUACCAACCAUCGGGAUCGAUGAGACUGUGCACGACCUGCCUGCCCCUGAAGUCCUUUCUGAUGAGCCCUUGACUCUCAAGCAGCCAAUCUUUCCAGGCCCUCAGAAGGUCCUUAGUGACGCUGAUAUCGUUGGCGUCAGAGCAGCAGUCAUGUAUGAGAACAGCUUGAGGCAGCUUGUCACAUUUUUAACUCUGCCAGUGGAUACAUGCACUGGUGUCUUGAGGAACGGUUCGGUGUGUGAGAGUGUUGCUCCCUUUCCAACAGUCAUCGCCACCAGGGGCACUGCAAUGAGCGUCGAAUGGAUCUGCCCUAAUGGACAUUGCCUAUGGCGGUGGAACUCCCAGCCUGUGUUGAAGUUUGGCAUGCAGGCCGGGGACUUUCUACUUUCCUCAAACAUCUUGCUGUCUGGAAACAACUACGCUAAAGUUGCUCUCCUCCUCAAGUUUAUGAACAUCCGAAUGGUUAACCUGACCACCCACUACACAAUCCAGGACACGUACUGUGUUGACACCAUCAAAGAAUACUGGGAAGAGAAGAGGUCUGAGGCCAUCAGCCGACUUCAAGGGAAAGAUGUUGUGCUCUUGGGUGUGUAUUUUUAUAUUUUACCUUGUUCUACAUACAUUUGUAUAGUGUUACACAAUGAUACCGAUUUUGCAAGCAUCUGUCAUACAUGUGUUGUAUUUUGAAAUUAACUUAUUUUUCAAGGUGAUGGCAGAAAUGACUCACCAGGGCAUUCGGCACAAUACUGCAGCUACACAACCAUGGAGCUUGAUUCG